AUGCGUAAAUACAUGAGCAAGCGGCAAAGACCCUGCGACUUCUGCCGUUCUCGUAAAACAGCUUGUCGGAUUGAGUCUUCCCCACCAUGUCGGUUAUGUCAGCAAUACGGGAGAGAAUGCACUUUUGUAGAGGCCGCCCGACCUCGCAAGAGGCAGCAAACGACCGAGACCAGCCCUGGACAUCAUGAUGCGAACGAUGUAGACGGGCCAUCUAAGGAAGUCAUUGAAGAGCCCCUUACAUCAUUUGAGCAGGAUAUGGUUUCACCGACAGGAACUGGCACCUUUCCGGAUAUCAAUAUAGACUUCCUUCAAGAUCUCGACAUAGACGGUCCUGAAUAUCAGUUUAUGUUCCAAACACCUGAUAACGACCCUCCAUCUACCGCGGCUGAAUCAACAGAUGGCUCAUACAGCAAGAUCUACCCGCUUUUGGAUGGACACGAAAAUCUUCAUCCAGAAACGCUUGGACUCAGUGGAGAUAUGGAUCCCUAUCUCCUCCAACGAUAUCAAUCAGAUGAGCAUGGCACAUUCAAGUUCAAACAGCUCGCGAUACGAUCAGUGAACAACAACCCACCUGUUCAGUUCCUAAUUUCACAGCCAUCGCUGUUUGCUCAAAGUCGAAAAGAGGCUGGACAUACUGGCGCGUCAAUAUCAUCGCAAAGAGCGGAGCUUGAGAGGGCCGUCUCUCAAAACAUGGGCAAGAGGUUGAUAAGUCUUUACAACAGAUUCAUCCCACCACAUUACCCAAUAUUCUCAACAGAGUCCCCUCCUGAUCCGGCAACGAGUGCACCUUGUUUGCUGGCAGCUAUCUACUCAAUUGCACUCCCCUUCGCCAUGUACGACGACCAACUCUGCAUCGAUAUGGCUUACGACUCACCUGACGCAGAAGAUCUGGCUGUCCUCAUUAAUACUGCAGUUGAUUUCGACAUCCACUCUCCCAACAUGGCCACCGUUCAAACGCUCUUCUUGCUCAUCGCCCGACCAUCAUCAAACCCAUUAGUGUCAGAUGCAUCAUAUCGAUGGACAACAAUGGGGACGCUAGUAUCAGUAGCUACAAACAUUGGACUUCAUCUUGAUCCCUCACUGUGGAAUAUCCCGUCGGCCCAAAUAGCUGCGAGACGUAGACUGUCGGUUUUCAUAUACGCGCUUGAUAAGUGGCUAGCAGCUGCUUUGGGAAGGCCACCUCAUAUCAAUCGCGAGAAUUGGCUGGUGGAUGAGCUGUCGACUCAAGACGAGCAUGCUUCUGGACUUGGUCCAUCGCAGUGGGCUGAUAUAAUGGAUUUCUCAGCCCUAACAUCUUCCCUAGCCUCCACUCUCGAUCGUCUUUAUCUUAUUCAGCGGCCAGAAGAGAUGCAAGCAACCGUUCUUGAGCUCUCCAAGACUUUGGAAUAUAGAAAGACCGACGGAGCAAGGUCAGCAGACCCUAGCAAUGACAAAUCAAUGCCUGGAUUGUCUAUCAAGCUCGGCUACUAUUACACACAACUACUAAUACUGCGCGCUGCCGUGCACGCCCAAAAUUCUCACCCCUCAGCAUCGAACACUUCGGAUCAAUGGUCCCCACGCAAGAGCCUGAAGACAGUUCUGGAACAAUAUUCCGACUUCCUCAAAAGCCUCAAGAGCGACGAAACAGCAGAACACUGGCCACCUUGGUGCCAAAGCGCAUUCUCGUCACUCUGUUUCGCCAUGUUGUUCAUGCUUGUCUCGGCCGCUACCUAUGAAGAAGCACUCUCAUGGAUGAAGCUACUUCAAGCAACACGGAGGCAAAUGCGUCUCAAAGCCAAUGCCUUCGUAAUCAUUCGAUUGGGUCUACUGAGAAUGGAUGCCAUAUUCUGGCGAGGAGUCGAUCAGGUUCUCAAAUUGGAACCGCACGUGAAACUUGCGUUGGAUGCGUCAAAGCAGGGAACAUAAAUUACACAUCUAUAUAAUUCUGCUUACAAUAAUGACCUUGUGGGAAGGGUGCUGAGAAUAUCCUCGAUGCUCUUGACAGCAUCCAACGCCAUACCAUAGCCAGCUUGAAAGCCUGUACCACCAGCACCAUAAUUAUGCACAAUCACACGUCUUUCUCCAUCGAC